AUGCUGGCAACCGCCGGCCGGGAAGCCAACCUGCGCCAUCAUGGUUACAACAAUGUAACUCUGUCUAUAUCUCGCUCCCUCCAAACACCUGAUCGACGUCCCUUUUCUCGCCUGUAUGUGCACCAUGGCACUUCCCGACAACGACCUCAAGUUCCUCCAUGUGAACAUCGAGCCCGGAUUUUAGCAAUUGGCGGCACACCGCAGCAACAUGGCUAUGCUUCGCAAGCCGCAGUCGAUCAGGUGGUGUUAGAGACGAGCCAACGAGAGGAGGUUGCUCUUUUCAAAGAUGUUGGAAAACAGCUGAGAAAGGCUUGGCUAGAUGUUGACCCGAAAGGCGAUAAAGCCAUACCAUUUCAAGAAGUCCUGAAAGCGAGUGGAAUCAAAUCCUCCCAGAAUGAACAAGGCCUCCAGCACAUCGUAGAAAGGAUAGAACAUGCCUAUGCGGGAAAGAAGCACUGGUAUGUGAACUCCCAGCUCAGUAUACUUCCCAACCCGAAGAAAAAGGAUCCACGUAUCCGGCACAAUUCCGCUAUGCACAACCUCCUGCGUCGCUUGGGCAUCAUCAGGGGCGACCAGGCCCCUCGCGUGAAUGAAAUGAUUGAAGGAGGUCCUACGAGCCGGAAGAGAGUUAUGAAACCUCUUGUCCGAAGAGUGGCGCCUCUCCAGAUCCACAAGCUUCUGGCAGUCGACCGGAAGUUGAAGAAGCUAAGGAAUGAACCGAUUCAGCCGCAACCGGAACCACGCAUCAAUGCAGAUAUUAGCAGGAUCGCUGACGUUAGUGAUUAUCAUCUCCAACCGAUACCUGCUGUUACGCCAGAAGUCCCGAGGUUGAGCUAUGACUUGUCGCGAGUUUUAUUCAACCCUGGGGUUUAUCAACUACAAGAUCCAAGAUCACGGGUUUGGAAUUUCGACCCUUAUCUGGGCAAAAUCAUCCCUGUGUCGGAAUUCAACUUUAACGCGCUCAACAAAUAUAUCACCUCAUCGCAAGAUGAUACUUUACGUGAAAUGGCGUUGAAGCUUGAAACUAGGUAUACCGGGUCUACUUCGAGCAUGUCUGGAAUUUUAGCUCACUUCCACUAUUUGCUCUCUGAUUUCCGCCCACUGACGAUGGAAAACAUGUCUCGUGGAUUUCGUGAGAACUAUGAUUCAUUUACCAAACUCCAAAGGGGACCAAGUGCAAUAUUUCUGCGGUGGCGAGAUGGCAUAUAUGCUGUUGAUGCAGACAAAGAGUUUGACUCGGCCAACAUCCUGAUGAGUCUAGGGCGCUCCAUGGAGAAAUUGUUCACAUCAGAGAAGAAAGAUUUCGAAAUGUUCCGCAAGACGGCCGAAACCGAUAAAAACCCUCAAGCAGACAUGCAAGAACGCGAGGCCUAUCACUAUACUCAACUGGGUCAGUUCUUGCUCCGGUCUCAACUCGAUUGCUUUGAUCCUCGGUUGCCGGGAACAGGCAUUUUUGACCUCAAGACCCGGGCCGUCGCGGGAGUUCGCAUGAUGCUCUUGACACCAGAAGAAGGACAGGGCUAUCAAAUUAAGGAGAGAUUUGGUACUUGGGAAUCGUAUGAACGAGAAUACUACGACAUGAUGAGAUCUGCGUUUCUGAAAUACUCUCUUCAGGUGCGGAUGGGCCGUAUGGAUGGAAUCUUUGUGGCAUACCACAAUGUGGAGCGAAUAUUUGGCUUUCAAUAUGUCUCACUCCCUGAAAUGGACCUUGCGCUUCACGGUCAGACGGACCCGUCACUGGGUGACCGAGAAUAUCGGCUGAGCCUCAAGAUUCUGAGCGAUAUUUUUGACAGGGCAACCGAAGCAUACCCAGAGACUUCUAUUCGAUUCCACUUCGAAUCUAGAGAGGCUACCAAGGUCAGUCCAUCAUGUAUGUAUGUCUUUGCCGAGCCGGUCAGUGAAGACGAAGUUCGCAACAUCCAAACGGCCAAAAGAGAUGAGAUUGAAGCAUAUGAGCGGCGUCUGUUCAACCCGACCACGGCUUCUCAGGCAUCAACAGACGAUGGCCAGACGGCAAUGUCCCAUGGUGAAGACCCGUCAAAUGGACCAGGUCAACAUCCCAUUACCGAAGACGUUGCAUUUCUUGAAAAUAUGAUGGGUGUCGAAAAGGAAGAUCGAAAGGGAAGCUCGGAACCAGUAAGAGAAAAAGAGAUUCUUGCUUGGAAAUUGCAUAUACGAAAUUCUGUGAAUGGAAAGGUGGUGCAACGGCCUGAAAAUUUGAGAGGGUCGCAUUCAUGGGAGGUGGAAUACAGUCUUGAACCUCAAAGCAAGGCAAUGGGACAUCGAAAUUACUUGCUGUGCAAGAACCGACGCAAGGCUGUAUUGGAAUUUCCACAAGCUGAGGACAAGGCGGCUGGGUUCUAUAUUCAGCAGCUGGUUGAGAUGAGUCGAGCGGGCAAAAUGUGGCGGCGUAAGCUGGACGAAUUUGAUGCGCAACGAGAGCAGGUUGUCCUAUAUCAAGGGAAGGGAUGA